UUUAUUACUUAUUCUUUAUAAGGAUACGUUUUGACCAUUUGGGUUUUUUUGCACUUUAAUCCACCAGGAAUUACCACGGAUACCCCCUUCUCUCCCUGAACCUUACAUUACACCCCCCCCCCACAUUAGAGAUAUAAAAAGUUAUCUAAUUGAUUUGACAACCAAAUCCCAAUUAUUCGUACGGCACAAGUUAAAUGCUAAAAACAGAACCACUUGAUUAUCACAACCAUCUCCCUCCAUAUCGAUCAUUGCUCAACCCAAAUGCACAGUACGAUUAUCAAACACAUUCUUUGGUACCAUUGUCCCAGAAUGAUUUGAAUGUAUUGCGCACGAGUUUCCAGACCCCAACUAAGGAGUCAGGGUCUACUUCUAACGGAGGGAGUUUUAAAAUGAAGUACAAGUCGUUAUUGAGCGAUGUGGGAAGAUCCAUCUCUUUGAAAAUGAGCAAUCCCAAUUUGAUGACUAGUGUUGCUUCUGUAGUUGGGUCUAGUGGCAAAGCUGUUGUCCUUGCAAAGAAGGUCCAACAACAGGCUGCCGUGUCCACUUCCAAAACUCAACAACAGCCCCGUCAGCCAUUGCAAUUGAAGGAUCUUCCUAUUGAAGUCUUGGAUUAUAUAUUCUCGUUGGUUGAUUCCAAGACUGACUACAAAUCAUGCAUGUACACCAAUAAGAUGUUCUACCAAUUGGCCAAACCUUUCUAUUAUCAAGAUUUGUCAUUUGUUUCCACUUAUAGGUUUGCUCAAUUCAUUUCCUACCUCAGAUUGAAUUCUAGUGUUGGACAAUACGUCAAAUCUGUGGAUUUGUCAGGGAUAAAACCAGGAUAUGAAGAAGAUGCCCAGGAAGGAGAAGACGAUGUGAAUAUGAAUGAUGCUCCAGCUGGUAAUAGAGAAGGAAUAGAACGAAUACAUGAUGCACCAGCUAGAGAAGCUAGUCCUGAACGGGCUGAUUUGGAAUUUUCUGGAAAAAAUGAACCUACUCCUAAAAUCAUGGCUGGAUGGAGAGAUUGGAAGUUCAAGAGCAAUCCGUUAUAUUCAGUUCAUCCACUGCCACCAAAAUUAACCAAGACAGCUUCAAAUGUCCUGAUUGCAUCGGCAAAAUCAACCAAAUCUUCCUUGUCAACCAAAAGAUUAUCCAAACCAUUCAAAUUAUUCAGAUCUAAAAAGAGAAGAAGAUCCAUCACCACCACCACGAACACGACUUCAACUCCAAGAAAAACACCCAAAAUCGAAUUCCUUGACUUGCGGGCUCAAGAUCAGGCUCAUUCCAACACAUUGGCUAGAAAUGCCAGCCCUCAUCCAUUAAUAAACAAAUUCUUGAUGAAUUACUCCACUUCUAAAGAUAUCCCCAUUGGCUAUGUCUUGCAUUUGAUUAGAUUAUGCCCUAAUGUUGAAAGACUCAAUUUAGGUAAUCUUUCCCUUUCCAUUGAUUAUGAAAUUAGUCGCUCUGUGGUUCACAAGUAUCAAAAUUUCGACUUGAUGAAUAACUAUCCCAAGGAUAUAAUUAAACGAAUUGAUGGAAUUAUGCAAGGAAAUGAUGAUGUUCGUGACGAUGUGUUUUCAUUUGAUCGAGAAAAUACUGAUAUCUAUUCAAGGUUUCCAUCACUUUUCAAAUCCAAUCAAGCCCCACCUACUUCCUGUGCAUCUUCUGUUUAUUCAAUCACCACAUUCUCAAAACCAAUCAAUAUCAAAUACAACAGUUUGUUACCACCAUUACCAUCUACUGUAUCCGAUAUUUCCUAUAUCAACAAAGGGGAUGGAAAAGUGUAUCUCUCCGACUUAAAUCUUAAAUCUAUCAACAAUAUAUAUUUGAAGAAGAUCAAGGAAGAAGAGCUAUUAUCAGUUUUGAUUAGAAUACAUGGAAAGAAAUCGGUUACCUCGAACAGCAUAUUCAAUUUUACAGGGGACGUCAGCGGAAACUUAAAAUAUCUCAAUUUAUCAUCUAUGAUUUGGCUUAACCGUAACAUGAUUGAAAGUUUUUUUGAACAGUUGCUUAUCAAGAAUACUUGCUUUGAACAUCAAGAUAGAAUCAUCGACGACGAAGAUGAUUUGUCUGAUGACGAGGAAGAAGCAGAUUUCUGUUGUCAUGAGUACAAACAAGACUUGAUUGUUGACUUGACUGAUUCCGGAAUGUACAAGAAUCUCGCGUGGGCUAAAUGUAUCGACUUGAAUACACUUUAUGGGUGUAAAUUAGCCAGUAAGAUUAUUCGUAACGAAUUAUUAGCUCCAUUUGAUGAGUUUAUGAGAAGAGAACGGAUCAGAAGAGGAAGAAUCGGGGAAAAUUACUUGGCUUAGUUCUAUUCUCUAUAUCUAGCUGAAUUAUUAUGAUUAAAGAAAAGUAAAUUUUUAUUUUUGUUUUGUAGAAAAUUGUUUAUUCAAAGUAUCUACUUAUAUAAAAUGCAAAAUUAGGUGUAGUUGAUUUCAGCAACCAAUGGGAUGUGAUCCGACGGGAAUUGCUUGUUGGGGAAUCCCUUGAUCGGACAAUUGGAACAAUACUUUUCAUCAACUUCACUUAAAACUUUAACUAUGUCAAACCCGUUCUUGGUUAUGAAUAUGUGAUCUAAAACAUCGGUCAAACUCGACGUGUAACUUGUGAAAUUCAACUUCUCUGUUUUUAUUAAACAGUCGUAGAUGUUAGCGAAUUCAAAUGGAUUGUCUAUUAUUCCAUUCUCGUCAAUCAAUGGGUUGUUAACUCCAUAAUCGUGACCGGAGAAUUCAGGAGAUUCCUUAACAUCUAUUCCGUCUGUACUUAACAAUUUAAACACGUCAGACUUCAAAUUUGAAUUUAAAUCUCCCAUGACUAUUAUAUGAGCUUUUGUCAAAUCGUUACCGUCGACAUAAUCACGUAAUUCAUUCAAUAAUAGUUUGGUUUGUAAUGCUUUGACGUCAUUAUAUUGUGGCGACCAGUACAAAUGGGUGUUGGCGACAUAUACCGUCUUGUCAGCUAUUUUGUCAUGUAGCUUCAAAAUUAAUGCAACUGUAUUUCUAGGGAUUAACCGAGCAAUUAAAUCCUCGGUCAUUUGAUAUUGGGAUUUGUUUUCCAAAACAUGUUCACCAAAAUUUAUCUCUUUGGUUUCGACAACAUCAAAUCGUUUGGUAUUUACAAACACACCAACACCGUCUAUGAAAUCGUUGGAUUUACCUCCCCAAUAACCUGGUAAUGAUUUCUUAACAAAGAAGCUCUUGUAAUUACUAUCAGGGAAGUUCUUGGACCAAUACUUGUCAUAUACGUAAUAUUCCAUUUCUUGAAAGCACAUUAUGUCACAUUUGAAUUGGGAAAUGGUCAUAUUUAUAAGUGGGAACCUAUAAUUGGGCCAGUCUAAGUAUUGUUGUUCCAAGUAUCCAAAAACCUCAUGCCACGUGUAAUGUCUUGACAACAAAUUAUAUGACAUUACCGAUAUUUUAUUCUUGGAGUCGGCUGGAGAUGGACCUAAUCGGACCCAGCGACGGUAUUUUGUGGCAUCGUAAUUGUCAGGAAUGCUGGGUGAAGCGGGGGACUUGAAAUCAAGCUCUUUAUUGAUGAUGGAAUAUGGUCUAUUGGCACUAAGGGUGGAGUUCAUGAUGGAGGACUUGGUAUGGGUAAAUGAAGGAAUGAUCUUUCUCAAAUGUAAUACCAUGCACUUGGAGAAAGCUAAAUGUUUCUUUUAGCAGUAAAAGUAAGCAGUGUCUAAAAUUAGAAUGUAAAACUGUAGAAU